UCCUGCCUCUCAGCGCUCCGAGGCAUCUCCUCAACUUCCAGCUUUUCCCUCCAGAUCCUCACACGCUCCCCGCUCCCUCCCAUCGCUGCAGGAUCCUCCCGGACCCCCCCGCCCCGCUCUUUGCUCCUCCCUGGGGCUCCGAGGGAGCCGGGGACCAUCUGGGUCCGUGCCCGGCAGAGGCGAGGGGAGGGCGGUAGGAGGGACCGGCGAGGCGGGGAGGGGAGAAGGAUGCUCCGGGGGUGGCUCUUUGCUUCCUCGCCUGCCCGGAGCUCGCAGGAGCUCGCCUGGAGGAUGUCUCACCCCCUCGGCACAGGUGUCACUGCUGGGGGAGCGAGCUCAGAGCAUGCUGCUGAGGGCCGGCCCCAGGAGGUUUCUGGAGCAGCACCUUCUCUUGGUGGAGAGCUCAGAGCAGCAGCGGCCGGCUCGGGAUCCGCUCCCGAAUCCAUUCAUGACUGAGGAACCCCCCGCCCCAGCCGAGCCCGAGCUGCCGCCCUCCAACCUGACCAACGCCACCGACUGCGGCGAGGAGAUCCUGCUCUAUGGGGACACCGAGAAGGUCGUCAUCGGGGCCGUGCUCUCCAUCAUCAUCCUCACGACCAUCGCCGGCAACGGGCUGGUCAUCAUCUCCGUGUGCAUCGUCAAGAAGCUCCGGCAGCCCUCCAACUACCUGGUGGUGUCCCUGGCCGCCGCGGACCUGUCGGUGGCCUUCGCCGUCAUGCCCUUCGUCACCAUCACGGACCUGGUGGGGGGCGAGUGGCUCUUUGGGAAGGUGUUUUGCAACGUGUUCAUCGCCAUGGACGUGAUGUGCUGCACCGCCUCCAUCAUGACCUUGUGCAUCAUCAGCGUGGACAGGUACCUGGGCAUCACGCGGCCGCUGACCUACCCCGUGAGGCAGAACGGGAAGCUGAUGGCCAAGAUGGUCUUCAUCGUGUGGCUCCUGUCGGCCUCCAUCACCCUCCCUCCGCUCUUCGGCUGGGCGCAGAACGUGACGGUGGAGCGGGUGUGCCUCAUCAGCCAGGACUUCGGCUACACCGUCUACUCCACGGGCGUGGCCUUCUACAUCCCCAUGGCCGUCAUGCUGGUGAUGUACAGCCGCAUCUACAAGGCGGCCAAGGUCAGUGCCGAGAAGCACCGCUUCAUGAACUUCCCCAAGCACUACGAGGAGGAGGGCGUCUACUGCCUCGAGGCCUCCAGCCGCGCCCACCACAGCUCCCGCCGCACCAAAGCCGUGGAGGAAUGCGCCACGCUCUCCAAGCUGCUCCGGCAAGACCGCAAGAACAUUUCCAUCUUCAAGCGGGAGCAGAAAGCCGCCAGGACCCUCGGCAUCAUCGUGGGGGCCUUCACGUUUUGCUGGCUGCCCUUCUUCCUGAUGUCCACGGCGCGGCCGUUCAUCUGCGGCAUCCGCUGCAGCUGCAUGCCCCUGCGGCUGGAGAGGACUCUUCUCUGGCUGGGCUACACCAACUCCCUCAUCAACCCCCUCAUCUACGCCUUCUUCAACCGGGAUUUGAGGACUACUUUCUGGAACCUGCUGCGCUGCAGGUACAGGAACAUCAACAGGAGGCUCUCGGCCGCCAGCAUGCACGAGGCCCUGAAAGCCACGGAGAGGCACGAGUGCAUCCUGUAGUGCCUGACCCACCAGCUCCUGCCUCUCCAUGCCAGGUUCCUCGCUUCCCUGGCCUCCCAGGGGCUGGCAGGAACCGUCCAGCCCUUCCAGACAUUGCCACUGAGGGUGGAGGCCCUUUCCCUCGCCCCAUGAGGAGCCGCGGUGUUCCUCACCCUGGGAACAAGUGGAGGGAACUUUGGGAACAGCCUUUCCUUCUCGCUCUGUCCCAGGUGGGAGCAAGACCUGGGGGGUUCAAGGUCUACCAGCAACUGUGGGCCAGUCACACCACCUUUCUGUGCCUCAGUUUACCCAUCUGUUAUUAAAGUUAAAAAGAAAAAAAAAAAGAAAAUUAAUGGUCCCAACCAACCAAAAAAACAAACAAAAAACAAACUCUAAAAACUUGAUAAGACUGUGGCUCUCCACCUUCAAAAAGGGCUCUAAGGUCUGUGGAGGGCACACAAAAUCCUGUGUAGAGACGACACUGGCUGCACUUCUCUGUGGAAUCUGACAGCAGCUCCGUUGUACAUCCAAGCCCUCGUGCCAUCCCAGCUUAUCCAAACCCUUUUCCCCGAUGCAAUUGCAUUUCACACCCUGAGCUCACGCCCAGGUUUGCACGCCAGAGCAGAAAUACCAAUGACCCCGUUUCCCCCCACACUGUAGCACUGCAGCACUUGAAGGAGAUGGAUUUGCAGGAUGAAACACAAAGGAACACGGAGUUUCCUUUAUGGUUGGGUAGGGAAGUUUGAUGCCUCCUGCCCAUCAGGGCAAUGAUCAGAGAGCAAAGCCAGUUGUGUUUAUUGGGUUGUACUGUAAUUCAUUCCCAGACAAGUGACGUGUGUUCAUCAUUUGUGGCUAAUUAACUCCAUAAAAGCACGCUUUGGUUGACAACA